ACGUGAUCAAUACUUUUGACACACCCCUGCUGCUAGCUUAACUUGCUCUUUGCAGGAAUCUGUUCUUUCAGAGGAAAACAACGCGGAGCAAAAGUUAAUAAUUUGCAUUCACUCAUGAUGAAAUGCAGGCAGCCACGAUGGAUUCAGUGGAAGAGUCCCCAUCGAUGUUGUGGGGACUGGAUCCGAUCUUUUCUGCUUUCGCCAAACUGUAUGUCAGAGACAUCCUGAACAUGACGGAGUCCACACAGGUGCCAGGUAUUUACUUCUACAACUCACGUCCAAUCUUCAAAGUUGAUGUUCUUGGGACUGUUGUUUCCAAGAGAGAAAGAAAUGACUUCUUCUGUUAUGGAGUGGAUGAUGGUACUGGCGUCAUAAACUGUCUAUGUUGGAAAAAUGACCUUCUGAGAGAGGAGGGGGCUCCUACUAAAUCAGGGGGGACACACAGUGAUGGGGCUCAGGGUGGCUUCAACCCAGUGGCUGAGCUGGAGAAGCUGAGACAGGCCCAGCAGAGUCGCUGCCACCUGGAGAUUGGAGAGCUGCUCCGAGUCAGAGGACCGGUAAAAACGUCAAGGCAGCAGAGAGAAAUCACUGCUUCAGUCUACUAUAAAGUGAACGACCCAGUGAUGGCUGUCCAGAUAGCGUGGAUGAUGGAGGUUCCUCAGCUUUACAGGGAGUGCUAUGACAAACCAUUCCUGCUGCAGCAUGAUGCAAUGGGUAACUUAGCCACCACUCCCCUCAACAAGGCAACACAUGUCAUCAUGGAUUUUGUCAAGCAGAAGUCUGUGAGCAGGUUCAGACCCUAUGACGUUCAGGACCUCCUGCAGCCUCUGAUCUCCAGCAAGCCUCAAACAGCAUCAGCAGCCCAGGAGCCUGUGGCUUGUCCAUCUUCUGGCCAGCAGCUACGCCAGCUUCUCAAAGAGGCCCUUCAAAUUUUACAGGACGAGGGUGUUUUGUACCGCAAAGUUAAAUCCCAGGAGGAGGUCUAUCAUGUGACUGCAGAGGACAAAGAUCUAUUCAUGGCCGUCAAGGACGUUAUCAGGGAAGACUCGAAGAGGGAGAAGUAUGCAGAGAGGGGUUGUCACGUCCUGCACAUCCUGUCUGCAGUCAGGCAGCGCUACAGCCUCAAUCUGAGCAAAACUGCACUGGAGCUGGUCCUCAAAUCACUGGAGUGCAACAGUGACAUCAUCAGCACCAGCGAGAACCAUUACACCUUGUUUUAACCUGAGGACAGUUGGACUGAGGGACCUGUUUUACUGCACACGCUGUGUGUAGUGUGGCUUAUUGCUCCAAAAUGUGAGCGUCCAGUAUGUUUUAGCCAAUUAUGGCAUUUGUAACCAAUGUAUACUGUUUGCUGGGAUAAAGUACAGAGUUUAAUGCAAACUUUGUUUUAAAACUUUAAAGAAUUGAGAAUCAGGAAAGCUUUCAGGCACACUCUGGCCUAAAAUGUUGUAAAUAUUCACUUUACUUUGAUACAUCUUAAAAUGAAUAAGGAAUAAAUAAGAGCAAAGCACAGAUAUCACUCAUGCAUAAAGACUCAUCUGCCAUGAGGGCCUGGGGAAAACGUAAACCUCGAGAUUCUCAUUUGGUACCAUUUCUCUAAAUCUCUUCUUCUUUCCUUUUCCUGAAGAUAAUUACAAAGGACAUACGUAAAGAAGCAGGAGUAUAGUUAUUCAUACCUGAAUAAUGUCACCUCCACCUGGCUGGCAAAUAGCACAUUUGUGUUUGCGCAUAUGGCCCACUGAUGACAGCCUUUGAAUUUGCAUUUUGGAAACUUGGCACUUUUAGAAUUCUGGAAAGAAAAAUCAAAAGAUGUGACGUGUGACAGAAUCAUCAGAGAUAAUGUAAAAGACUUUUCCACUAUAUAUUAUGAUGUGUGAUACAGCUUAUUGGGUUUUCUGGUUGUUUCUUGUGCAAGACAUGCUACCAUACUAA